AUGGCGAACAGAACUCUCAAAGAGCUAGCCGCGCCGGAUUUGAAUCAACAAUCUUUAUGCAUUACAUUUCCUAAUAUUGCAGUUGAUUUUGAAUUAAAAUCUGGCUUAAUUCACUUACUCCCUUCUUUUCAUGGAUGUGCAGGUGAAGAUCCUCAUAAACAUUUGAAAGAAUUCCAUAUUGAUAAAGCAAGAGAUUGGCUCUAUUAUCUACCCUCCAGUUCAAUAACAACAUGGAAUGAGAUGAAAAGAUUAUUCUUAGAUAAGUUUUUCCCUGCAACAAGAGCUGCAAACAUCAGAAAAGAAAUUUGUGGCAUAACACAGUUCACUGGAGAAACAUUGUAUGAGUACUGGGAAAGGUUCAAGCAAUUGUGUGCUAGCUGCCCACAUCAUCAAAUUUCUCAGCAACUCUUAAUCCAAUACUUCUAUGAAGGAUUGUUGCCAAUGGAUAGGAAUAUGAUUGCUGCAGCAAGUGGUGGAGCUUUGGUAGACAAGACACCUAAAGAAGCCAAGCAAUUGAUUUCAAACAUGGCUGAAAAUUCUCAGCAAUUUGGUACAAGAGCUGAUGGAGCUAUAAGGCGAGUUAAUAAGGUAAGCACUAAAAAUCUUAAAAAUCAAAUUUCUGAUUUAACUGCUUUGGUUUGUCAAAUGGUUGUAGGGCAAUUGCAAAUGGCAAAAGUUUAUGGAAUAUGCUUAGUUCAAGGACAUCCCACUGAUAUGUGCCCAACAUUGCAACAAGACUUGAUGCAAGAGGCUAAUGCUUUAGGCGGGUUUACUAGUCAACUUCAAAGGAAGUAUGAUCCCUUUUCUAAUCAAUAUAAUCAUGGAUGGAGAGAUCACCUGAAUUAA